UAGCGAGCCACAGCUGAAUGAAACACGCCAUCCACCGCUCUACACUUGACAUAUCGAAAUACAUCUUUUGUGCUUUAAAGUAAAUAGUAGCUGGUAUUUUAUAUGAGAUGUGAUAUUAGAAGUAAGGCGGGAAUGUGGUUUAUUCGCAAUGGGAAAUGUUUUCGGCAGGCAGGGACGAGUCACCAGUCGAGUGACAGAUCAGGACAGGGCGAUAUUGCAACUGAAACAGCAGAGAGAUAAACUGAAACAAUAUAAGAAGAAAAUCACAUUACAGCUGGAGAAAGAGAGAUGUCUGGCCAAACAGCUCCUGAAGGAUGGCAAGAAGGAACGAGCUCUUCUGCUGCUCAAAAAGAAACGCUACCAAGAUCAGCUGCUGGACAAGACGGACGUCCAGAUAUCCAACCUGGAGCGCAUGGUUCGAGAUAUUGAAUUUGCUCAGAUUGAAAUAAAGGUCAUUGAGGGUUUAAAGGCUGGGAAUGACUGUCUCAAGCAAAUGCACGAGGUCAUGUCUAUUGAGGAGGUGGAGAGAAUACUGGAGGAGACGCAGGAGGCCAUUGAGUAUCAGAAGCAAAUUGAUGAACUGCUGGCAGGUUCUUUGACACCGGAGGAUGAGGAUGCUGUGUUAGCAGAGCUGGAGGCCAUCAUUCAGGGAGAAGACAUCACACUUCCAGAAUUACCCACAGAUCCAUUGCCAGCGGUGCCUAAGGGGGAGACAGAAAGAAAAGAGGCACAAAUCAAGCCGGAGCGAGAGAUGCUGGCAGCGUAGUGUUCGAUCCUACAACCUGGCUCAUCACUCUGUUUUGAAUGAAAGGAAGAGCUAGGGGAAUAUAAUUGGCAGAAAAGAAGGCUUUCAUAGGAUAUUUAAUAGGCAUGCAUCAGAAUCAGUGUUCACAUGGUUAUGGAAAACUUAGAAAUGUCAGGGAAUUUUACAU